AUGGCGCGGAUCUCCACUCCUCCUGCAUCCCGACAUGGCUCAGAAGCCACCGAUGCCGAGAUCAAGAAAGGCUCUAUAGCAGACUCGUCAUCGGACCUGCUGCAGUCGCUGGACACGUUGUUGGAAAAGUACCUCUUUCUCCUUGACCAGCACCAGAAAUUCCAGACAGAAUUAGCAUCGCGACUCUCCUCGGCAUUAGGGUUUUUUUUCUCUUGCGCAAGCCAAUUAUACCUGUCCGCCGGCCGACAUUAUGGUGCUGAUUACUAUGAUGAGCGCAUGAAAGCGACCAGAAAAGUGGUUCUGCAACCUCUACCAGACCUUAAUGAAGACAAUCAUGCAAUAGAGCUGAGCGAUCCGAACCAAAAAAGCGAUUCUGAUGCCCUCUUCACGAUUAAAUCUGGUAUCAACGACCAUGUGGAGCCCUCCGAGGCAGAUGAGGAAAAUGAAGCAUCUCAGGCAAAUAAUGGUCCAAGGGAGCCUCAUUCACAACAAGAAGACAAAGAUUCUGUAGACCAGGUCACAGUAUCCUUUGACUCGCUUGAAACCUCUGAUACUGAGCCUAAGGCUGCCUCAGAGUCCAACUCCUCCAAAAAACCUCGCUCGUCAGAUCCUAUUCGGUGGUACGGGAUCUUGGUGCCUCCAUUCCUUCGCAGUGCUCAGAAAUCUUUCACGGAAGCAGUAGAUGAAGCGCUACCGCAAUUGGCGAGCAUCAUCUUUAAGAUGCGGGUGAUUGAGAGUGAAAUUGGUCGACUGCGGAGUGAGUUGGGGAAGCAUGAGGAUACAACAUGA